AUGUUCCCUCCUGACGGUGAGCGUGUGUUCUCCUACAGAGGAGGACGGUGGUCAGUUGGCGGCCCCGACCCCACCUCCCAGAAGCCGUCGCCCGGGGGCCAGAGCCUCUACCGUGUCAGAGUCUUCUGCUCUCGACUGGGACCCGGCCCUCCCACCCUCUCCCUGCUUGUCACCCACCCUUUCCCGCCCUCAGGCCUGGAAGAGGGUCAGCUGCCCAUUUACAUCUUCGGGGCGGAGGACGGGCAAGCUGUGGCUCCCACUCCGCCCCCGAGGAGUCGCCGCCCCGGCUCUAGGGCGUCGUCCACGCUUUCCGAGUCACUGGGGGUGGAAGAUCCCUUGUAUCUCCUUGGCAUGGCGGAGGGCGGGCAGGACCUGGCCCCCACCCCACCCCCAAGAAGUCGCCGCCCUGGAUCUCGAGCCUCCACGGUGUCUGACACGUCCGCCCUCGGUAUGUCCAGGAAGCUUCCCCAUUUCAGCCUCGAGUUCGCCGACGACACCGAGAUAUCUAUACUUCUGAAUAUCUUCACUUCUUUGUCACAGAAUAUAACUGAUUCUCUUACUCUGUCUUGCAUGCUUUGGUACAUGACCCCCAGGCCGUCGAAGGCUCUUCCACGUCGACAGAAAAGGAAGCCCCAGUAUCAUGUGCCUGACUUGCUAGUGUCGCAAAGACGCCUCGACACAGCUGGGGGUUAUUUUGAGAGGCUAAAAACUAACCUCGGAGCUGAUUAG